AUGGAGACUCUCGAUGAAGAACAACGACAACAACAACAACGACAGAUAGAAACUACUGAAGCUUUUGAUGUAGAAUCAUCACUAGAUGAAACGACCAAUAGUAAACAAUUGUCACCAAUAACAAUAUCAUUAAUUCAAUCUCUUCAACUUGAACAAAAUGAAGAGACAGUCGAUAAGAAAACGAAGAAGAAAAAGAAAAUAAAAACUCUUCGUGAAAAAGAAUUUGAACGUUUAACAAAAGUAACAAAAACUAUAUUUGCUUCUCCUGAACAAUUAAACACUGUAUGUGAACGUAUUAAUACAUUGUUAUUAGGUCGCAAAACAAAAUUACUUGCUGUUUGUCGCUUACUCGAUAAACGACAUUCCGGUCGUUUAUCAUAUGAAGAAUUUCGACUUAUCAUUAAAGAUCAAUUGCCUGAAAUGUCGGUACAAGAUUUUUUUGUUCUUACAAAAUUAUUUGAAAUCGAAGGUUUAAUUGAGUAUCAAACAAUAUUAGAUGAAAAAUUUGAUAAUGGUAUUUUACGACACAUAACAUCAUUACCUGUAUCAAAACCAAAAGAAAUUGUUCUUGUGAAAAAUUCACCAAAGGAAUUCCAGCAAAAAAUCAAUAUAUCUUUACAAUUAAAUUAUACUAGAUAUGUUACUGUUCAAUUUCGUUUUAUCACAUUCGAUUCCUACAAUGGAUAUCGAGGUCAUAUAUAUAUUACUGUACCUGAUCAUAUAAGUAUAUAUGCUCUAUCAAAAUUGAUUAUUGAUAAAACAGAUUUAGCUACGCGAUCUGUCAGUAUAUUUCGUGAAAACAUCCGUUCACAUAAUGCUCUUCUAGAUCCGAUGCGUUCACUUGAAAAUUAUUCCUAUAUAGGUGCAUAUGUAGAUGGCACAUAUAAUCAAUUAUUUCCAACUUAUACACUCUAUUAUGAUUAUUUACCAAUAGAUACACUUGGUGAUUGUCCAAUACUUAAAUGUGAUUAUUAUAUGAAAUGA